GCAACUCCAAACUCCGCUCGAUCCGGACGGAAGCUCUCUCUCCUUCGCUCUCGAUUCGGGCGGGCGGGCGAGCGCGCGCGCGAUCUCAUGCCGAUCUGAGCGGAUUCCCGCGUUCGCGACCACUCGAUUUCGCGGCGGCCGCAGCAAUGGCGUUCAUGGCCGUGCUGGAGUCGGAUCUCCGCGCUCUCUCCGCCGAGGCUCGCCGGCGGUAUCCCGCCGUCAAGGACGGCGCGGAGCACGCGAUUUUGAAGUUACGCUCGCUCUCAAGUCCAAGUGAAAUUGCACAUAACGAGGACAUAUUACGGAUCUUUCUGAUGGCUUGUGAGGUCAGAACGGUGAAGCUGAGUGUCCUCGGGCUAUCGUGCCUACAAAAACUCAUAUCUCAUGAUGCCGUUGCUACAUCAGCUCUGAAAGAAAUACUUUCCACUCUUAAAGAUCAUUCUGAGAUGAAUGACGAGACUGUUCAACUGAAGACUCUACAGACUAUAUUGAUUAUACUGCAGUCACAAUUGCAUCCUGAAAAUGAGGAAAACAUGGCUCAAGCUCUUGGCAUCUGUCUUCGACUUUUGGAGAGCCACCGUUCUUCAGAUAAUGUGCGGAAUACUGCAGCAGCAACUUUCAGGCAAGCAGUGGCAUUGAUAUUUGACCAUGUGAUUGCUGCUGAGUCUCUUCCUGCAGACAAGUUUGGUCUUGGAGGCCAUGUAGUUCGAACUAGUUCAGUUACUGGUGAUGUUGGCCGCAGCAUGAAUCUAUCAGAAUCACUUGAGCAUGAUUCUGAUUCUGGAGGACCAUCUUCAAAGAGGGAAACAUUGGGCAAAACUGGAAAGCUUGGGCUUCGGUUGCUUGAAGACCUAACAGCUCUUGCCGCAGGUGGAUCUGCGGUUUGGUUACAUGUUGGCUCUCUUCAGCGGAUUUUUGCACUUGAAAUACUCGAGUUCAUUCUCUCCAACUAUGCUGUUGUUUUCAAGACCUUAAUAUCCUAUGAACAGGUUUUGCGUCACCAGAUAUUCCUCCUCAUGACUUCCCUUCGGACUAAUGCUGAGCUUGAAGGGGAAGCUGGGGAGCCUUCUUUCCGACGGCUGGUUUUGCGGUCAGUUGCUCAUAUUAUCAGGCUUUACAGUUCAUCUCUUGUCACUGAAUGUGAGGUUUUUCUUAGUAUGUUAGUUAAGGUUACAUUUCUUGACUUACCUCUGUGGCAUCGCAUUCUUGUUCUUGAAAUUUUGAGGGGAUUUUGUGUUGAGGCACGGACACUAAAAACUCUUUUUCUGAACUUUGACAUGAACCCGAAGAAUACAAAUGUGGUGGAGGGUAUGGUUAAAGCUCUAGCUCGAGUUGUUUCAAGUGUACAGGUUCAGGACACGAGUGAAGAGAGUCUGGCCGCUGUUGCCGGGAUGUUCAGCAGCAAAGCUAAAGGGAUUGAGUGGAGCCUCGAUAAUGAUGCAUCCAAUGCUGCAGUCUUGGUUGCUAGUGAAGCCCAUGCAAUAACUCUGGCUAUUGAGGGUCUUUUAGGUGUUGUAUUUACUGUUGCUACAUUGACUGAUGAAGCAGUUGAUAUUGGUGAGCUUGAAUCCCCUAGGAGUGGAUAUGACCAACCACUGAAAUGUACUGGGAAGACUGCCCUUCUCUGCAUUUCCAUGGUUGAUUCUUUGUGGUUGAUUGUACUUGAUGCUUUGUCCCUGAUAUUGACUAGGUCACAAGGGGAGGCGAUUGUGUUGGAGAUCUUAAAAGGAUACCAGGCUUUCACUCAGGCGUGUGGGGUUCUUCGUGCUGUGGAGCCUUUGAAUUCAUUUCUUGCAUCUUUAUGCAAAUAUACAAUCAGCUUUCCUGUCGAGGCAGAUAAGAAGAGUAACAGCAGUUUGCAUUCUCCCGGUUCAAAGCGUAUGGAGUCAACAGUUGAUCAUAAAGACAGUAUUGUCCUUACACCUAAGAAUGUACAGGCCUUGAGGACUCUCUUCAACAUAGCUCAUCGAUUGCACAAUGUGUUGGGGCCGUCUUGGGUCUUGGUUUUGGAGACCCUAGCUGCUUUGGACCGAGCAAUUAAUUCUCCUCAUGCUGCUACACAGGAGGUUGCAACGACUGUACCGAAGCUUACGAGAGAAUCGUCUGGCCUAUACAGUGACUUCAACAUUCUCUCUUCCUUAAAUUCUCAGCUGUUUGAGAGCUCGGCGCUGAUGCAUACAUCUGCAGUUAAAUCACUUCUUACUGCAUUACAUCAGCUGUCGCAUCAAUCUAUAACUGGGAUGCCAAGUGUAUUUGGGGCAGCAUCAAGUCAAAAGUUUGGUGCCAUUAAUUUUUCAGUGGAGAGAAUGAUGUCCAUCUUGGUCAACAAUCUCCACAGAGUGCAGCCAAUAUGGGAUCAAGUUGUUGGUCAUUUUGUUGAGCUCAUUGAUAACCCCAAUCAGCAUGUACGGAAUAUGGCACUUGAUGCAUUAGAUCGAUCAAUAUCAGCUGUUUUAGGUUCAGAUCAGUUUCUGGAAUCUUUGUCAUCUGGAUUUGGAAGCGGGUCUCAAGAUAUUGGUGCAACAACAGAGACAGGGUUGCUUGAAUGUGCUGUCAUAUCUCCUCUAGGGGUUCUUUACUCUUCCAAUCAAAGCAUUGAUGUUCGGGCCACGACUUUGAAAAUUCUUUUGCAUGUUUUGGAGAGGUAUGCGGACAAGCUGCGCUUCAGUUGGCCAGAUAUUCUUGAGAUGUUGAGAUCUGUUGCAGAUGCAUCAGAGAAGGAUCUUGUCACUCUAGGCUUCCAGAGCCUUCGUGUUAUAAUGAACGACGGGCUUUCAACUUUACCAGCAGAAUUCCUACCAGUAUGUAUUGAUGUUACUGGAGCAUAUAGUGCUCAGAAGACAGAGCUGAACAUUAGCCUAACAGCAAUAGGCCUCUUGUGGACUGCUGCUGAUUUCAUAGCAAGAGGGCUUAGCCAAGAGCCCUCUGAGGAAAAGGAGAGCGAAGCAGGACAAGGAGAUGUGCAAUAUAUUCCUAUGUCAGUGGAUGAUGAAGAGAGUUUAGAUGAGACUCGUGUUGCAUCAGGCAGAGAGAAUGAUGAGGCUUCUUCGAAAAGUACAGAGGGUCGUGACAAGUUGCUAUUCUCCGUUUUCUUGUUACUUCAGAAGCUUGGAGCUGACGAGAGACCAGAGGUGAGAAAUUCAGCUGUCAGGACACUUUUCCAAACUCUUGGCAGUCACGGACAAAAACUCUCCAAAAGCAUGUGGGAGGAUUGUCUUUGGAACUAUGUCUUCCCAAUGUUGGACCAAGCAUCCCAUAUGGCAGCAACCUCGUCAAAAGAUGAAUGGCAGGGAAAAGAACUUGGGACAAGGGGAGGAAAAGCAGUUCACAUGCUCAUUCAUCAUAGUCGUAACACGGCCCAGAAGCAGUGGGAUGAGACACUUGUGCUGGUCCUCAAUGGGAUAUCCCGUAUAUUACGAUCUUUGUUCCCCUUUCUCAGAAGCUUAAGCAACUUCUGGUCUGGAUGGGAGUCUUUGCUCAUUAUAGUCAAAGAUAGCAUUUUAAAUGGAAGCAAAGAGGUUGCUCUUGCAGCAGUUAGCUGCCUGCAGACGACCAUUGUAUCUCAUUCUCUCAAGGGGAACUUGCCAAUGCCUUACCUCACCUCGGUACUUGAGGUCUAUGAGUUUGUUUUCCAAAGGUCACCCAGCUAUGGCGUUAAUUCCACUAGCAAGGCAAAGCAGGAGAUUUUACACGGUCUUGGGGAACUAUAUGUUCAGGCACAGAGUAUGUUUGACAGUCAAAUGUACACACAGUUACUAGCAAUUAUUCAUCUUGCAAUUAAACAAUCCAUGAUGGGAAGUGAAAAUGUUGAAACUGACAUAGGAAAUAUCUCACCUAUUCAACGUACUGUGCUGGAAAUUCUGCCUCUUUUACGGCCAACUGAGCAAUUUUCUUCAUUGUGGCUGAUCUUGCUUCGAGAGAUCUUGCAUUAUCUCCCACGACCCGAUGAAUCACUGCGAAGUGAGGAAGAAGUUAAGAGAACCAAUGCUCCUGAUGGAAAUCAAGAUGUUCACGCAGAGACCAGAGAUGAAACACCCAAUGGCAUUGCUUCCCCUUCAUUAAGCAAAGCAGAACUGGAUAGUCAUUCAAGCAAGACUAAAACGAUGUGUAUCUCAAGUAACGUGUUCCCAGAAAAGGUCAUCCCUUUGUUGGUAGAUAUCUCUUUACAAGCACCAACAGUUGAGAAGCAUAUCAUACUACCAGAAAUUGUUGAGAGUCUUGGAAGGUGCAUGACAUCGAGAAGAGACACUCCAGAUGCUGGUCUCUGGAGAACAGCAGUUGAAGGUUUCAACCGCAUUGUUUUCGAUGAUGCCAGUAGGCUAAAGAUGAACAGUGGCCCUGAUGCAAGUAUUAGUAGACAAGCAAGGGUCCGUUUUUGGAAAGAAGUUGCAGAUGUAUAUGAGGUAUUCCUUGUAGGUUGCUGUGGACGAGCUCUUCCAACAGAUAAUCUCCCUGCAGCAGCAGUUAAGGCUGAUGAGUCCCUUGAGAUGACCGUCCUGAACAUUCUGGGUGAUAAUAUCCUCAAAUCGCCAAUUGAUGCGUCAGCCGAUAUAUUGCAACGACUAGUAUCCACCUUGGAUCGAUGUGCAUCCCGUACAUGCACUUUGCCUAUUGAUACAGUGGAGCUGAUGCCUAUUCAUUCUAGCAGAUUUUCCUUGACUUGUUUGGAAAAGUUAUUUUCCUUGACCAGUUAUGACAGUGAAGCUUGCAAUUGGAACUCAGUAACAUCCAACAUCAGUAAAAUAUCAGUCAUGGUCUUGAUGGCUAGAUGCGAGUAUAUUUUGAAUAGGUUUCUCAUUGAUGAAAAUGACUUGGGUGAACGUCCACUGCCCAAAGCUAGGUUGGAAGAGAUGAUUUAUGUCCUUCAACAAUUGGCACGUCUUGUAAUCCACAAAGAGACAGUAUGCGAGCUUCCUUUACAUCCUCACUUAAGAAGAGGCCUCAGGCCAGAUGAUGAAUAUAACCGACGCGCACAUCUUCUUGUUCUUUUCCCAUCUUUUUGUGAACUUGUCGCAUCAAGGGAGUCUAGAGUGAGGGAACUAGUGCAGGUGCUCCUAAGGCUCAUUGCCGAAGAACUUGCUCUCGGAAAGUUUCAAGCCCUGACCGGACUAUCUCUUCAAUGACGUUGCUGAGCUCGAUUCUUUGGUGGAGCUUUCUUUAGGUCAGGAUUUUCUCCCCGUUUUUGCCAUGUGUGCGCAAUCUCUAUGUUGUAUUGUAGUAACAUAUAGGAAUAUGUAUAUUUUCAUGCUCCCGAUUCAAUGAGCAUGGUUUUGUAUUGGUUGCUCUAUUGUUUGUAAUGUCAUAUUGAUUUUUGAUGAUGCCCCAAAAUUAAAUGAGCAUAGGUUUUUUUUACUGGUUAUAA